AAAAAAAAUAAAGUCAUAACAAAAACACGUUGGAUUUUGAUGGAUUUUAUUUCACGGUUCUGAUGGUUAUGUUUUUUAAAUGAAAUGUUAAAAAACCGUAGCUAAACUUUAAUUCGUAGUGUUACAAUUUAAGUCCUUAACGAUGGGUAAAUCACGCUACAACGCUAAAGCGCGACAAGUUGUGAAGACGAACAUAGAUGACUCUCAAACCAAUGAGAUACAACUGGAGUUUGCAACAAAUGAAUAUGGAUCCAGUGAUGCUACCAAUCUUUUGGCUCUGCCAUCGAAGAAACGUGACACUAAGGUGGUCAAAGAAAAGAAAGAGAAGACCAGAUUCCUUUCCAAAGCUCAGAGGAAACGACUAGAGAAGAUUGUCGAGAAGAAACAGAAGAAGGAAAAUCGAGCGUCCCUUCUAGAGUCACUAUCACAAGUGCAAGCUACCGCAGAAGAAGUCAAACAGUUAACAGGCAUAUCUGCAGUACAGACGAUAGGAUUGAGGAAGCUCAAUGAACUGAACUCGGAAUUGACAACGCAAGAGGUUUCAGAGGAAAAUGAGAAUAAAAAGUUUAGCAGUAUUGCUGGUGCCAAAAAACGUCUCCGCCUUUUAAAGAUGGAUAAUGCUGAGAAAAUAAAAAAGAAGAAAUAUGAUCCAAAUGUUGUUGGUCUAGAGGAAUCCUCUGAUGAAAGUACAUCAGAAUCUGAUGAUGAUGAUGAUGAUGAUGAUGAUAAACCAGAAUUAAUAGAAGGUGAUGAAGGCACUAAAAAUGAAAAUUCUGACGCUGUUAUUGAAAUCCCUGAUGCAGAAACAAAAAAUACUGAUAUAAUUGAAGAAAAUAUUUCCAAAAGUGAUGUAAAAUCAUCAGAUGAUCCAAAAAUAGAAACUGCAAAUAAGAAUAAAAAUAAAGCUAAUGAUAAGAAGAAAGCUGAGGAAGUUAAAAUCGAAAAGAAACCUUUGCUAGAACAUAAUACAGUUCAUGUAGAAGUGAAAAGGGACCCUAAGAUACAGGUAGCAAGGUUGAAAUUACCAAUACUGGGUGAGGAGCAAAGGAUUAUGGAGUUAAUCAACGAGAAUGAAUUUCUUAUUGUUGCUGGUGAAACAGGCAGUGGAAAAACAACCCAAAUACCCCAAUUUCUCUACGAAGCUGGCUACGCUGAACACAAAAUGAUAGCCGUGACAGAACCAAGAAGAGUGGCAGCGGUAGCCAUGUCCGCUCGAGUGGGGUAUGAACUGGGGCUGAGUAGCAAAGAGGUGUCUUACUUGAUGAGGUUCGAAGGCAAUGUCACUAAGGAUACGAAGAUCAAGUUUAUGACUGACGGUGUACUUCUCAAAGAGAUCCAAUCCGACUUUCUUCUGAGCAAAUACUCCGUGGUGAUCAUCGACGAGGCUCACGAACGUAGCGUCUACACGGAUAUACUGCUAGGCUUACUGUCCAGGAUUAUACCUUUGAGGAGGAAGCGAGGGUCGCCUCUGAGGCUGAUCAUCAUGUCUGCUACUUUGAGGGUCGAGGAUUUCACGGAAAAUACUAGGCUGUUUAAGCAACCACCUCCAGUGAUUAAGAUUGACUCGCGACAGUUCCCAGUGACAACUCAUUUCAAUAAGAACACAAACAGUGAUUAUCUAAAGGAGGCGUAUAAGAAAGCAGUUAAAAUACACACCCGGUUGCCGGAAGGAGGAAUUCUUAUAUUUGUUACUGGACAACAAGAGGUACACUAUCUAGUCAGAAAACUCAGGGCAGCGUUCCCGUACCGCAAAGACGUGGAUUAUACCAAGUUAAUAACGAAGACUAAGCCUGUGUCUGAUGCUGAUGCAGCCCUGGACUCGGAACCUGAGGAUAUUGAGUCUGAUGAUGAUGAGGUCGAAAAAGAAAUGAAACGCGCCCGCAAAGCGCGUAGGAAAGCUAAACAGAAGUCCAAAGCCUUGCCUAAGAUCAACUUGGAUGACUAUGACAUGCCGGAGGACGAUGGCCAGGCUGACCUGGUGGAUGAUGAAGAGGAUAGCGAGGGACAUCUUAGUGAUUCAGAUGCGGAAGAAGAUUCCUUAGCCCCCGCAAUAAAGGCCUGUCGUCAGCCGCUGUGGGUGCUGCCUCUGUACUCAAUGCUGAACCAGGGCAAGCAGGCUCGCGUGUUCGCGCCGGCCCCGGCUGGGGCCAGGCUGUGUGUCGUCAGCACUGACGUCGCUGAGACCUCUAUUACGAUACCCGCUGUCAGAUAUGUGGUUGAUACUGGGAAGAAGAAGAUGCGAGUCUACGACCACCUAACCGGCGCUAGCGCAUGGCGCGUAGUAUGGACGUCACAAGCCAGCGCCGCCCAACGCGCCGGACGCGCCGGACGCGUCAGCGCCGGACACGCCUACCGCCUCUACAGCAGUGCCGUCUUCCAGCACGAGUGUCCGGAACAGCACCCGCCAGAUCUGUGCAGGAGACCCGUCGAUGACCUCGUGCUUACUAUGAAGUGUAUGGGGAUCGAUAAGGUGGUUAACUUCCCAUUCCCGACUGCUCCCGAUCGCAUGCAGCUGCGUUUAGCCGAGAAAAGACUUGAAGCCCUCGGUAUACUGGAGAAGCCUCCAAUGAAGAAUAUCAAGAAAGAUGAGGAAGAAGUACUGAAAGUGACUCCCCUAGGUAAGGCAGUGUCGGCAUUCCCCCUGCUCCCCCGAUACGGCAAGAUGUUGGCGUUGAGUCAUCAGCAGGACUUGUUGCCGUAUACCAUCGCGCUCGUGUCGGCGUUGACUGUGCCUGAGCUAAUGUCAGGCAAAUCAGACAGCUGGCCGGCGACGGGCAACGUGCUAUUGCUAGGCGACCCGGGCGUCAUGCUGCGAGCCGUCGGCGCUGCUGAGUACGCGUUCGUUAAGGGGGAGGAAGAACUGUUUUGUGCUAAAUAUGGGUUGAGGGAGAAGGCCAUCAAAGAAAUCCGUAAACUUCGCAAACAGUUAACUUCCGAGAUAAACCUGAGUGUAUCGGGGGUGGAUGUGACGGUAGACCCUCAAAUGCAGCCGCCGAACGACUCGCAGGCGCGGCUGCUGCGGCAGUUGCUGCUCAGCGGCCUAGGAGACCAGGUCGGGAAGAAGAUCGCGCUGGAUGAGGUUAAGCAAGGCGAAGACAAGCGCAAAUUCAAAUACGCUUACCACUGCGGCGAGCUAGAAGAACCAGUGCAUCUUCACUCCGACUCCAUACUCCGGAAGACCAUACCUGAGUGGGUGGUCUUCCAGGAGUUGUAUGAAACUGGUGGCGAGGAUCGGAGGAAGAUGGUAAUGAGGAAUGUGACUGCGAUAGAACCGGAGUGGUUAGCUAUGUUGGUACCGCAUUUGUGUAAUUUGGGUGAGCCCCUGGAUGACCCGCCUCCAAGAUAUGAUGAGAAGUCAGGCCGUGUUAAGUGUCACUUUAAAGGCACCUUCGGCAAAGCUGGCUGGGAGCUACCCACGUCAGAAGUCGAUUAUCCUGAGAAGACUGAAAGAUACAGAUGGUUCGCUCGCUUCAUACUAGAAGGCGUAGUAUUUCCUAAACUAAAGAAAUACACGAGUUCUCUCCUAUCACCGCCUUCAACUAUGGUCAAAAGUUGGGCUAAACUACAGCCUAGGACAGAAGUGUUCCUGAAAGCAUUAAUAUCUAGGAGGGCUGGUACUAAAGAUGCUUUGAAAAAAGUUUGGGAGACACAUAGUAAUUUUCUUCUCGACGAGUACCUAAAAUGGGUGCCGGAAUCAGCCCACAAUGAAGUCAGCUUAUAUUGGCCGCCAUUGAAAUAAAUAAACAAGAAAUAAUAAUAUGUACUUGUAAAUAUUGUAAAUAAAUGUUAUAUUGACCUUA